AAAAAAAGAUCCCCACUCCGUGUUACAAACACACAGAGCACGGAUGUGAGCAGUCUGCAGCUCAGCAACCUGUCUGUCGCAUGCCAUGACUGCCCUUCACCACGCAUUUUUGCUCUUUGCAGUGGCUGCGGCCUCUGCAGCCUCUCCGGCCGCGUUCUCGUCCCGGCGCUCCAAAAGAGGUCUUCUGGAGCUGGCGGGGAUCAUCAGAUGCAGCACGGGGAGAUCGGCUUUGGCUUACGUUUCGUACGGGUGCUACUGUGGACUCGGGGGCCACGGCUGGCCCCGAGACAGGGCCGACUGGUGCUGCCACAAACAUGACUGCUGCUACGAUGGCGCCGAGCGCCAGGGAUGCCAAACCAAAACAGACCGCUACGAUUGGACAUGUGAUGGCAGGACAGCGGACUGUGACGAUUUGACGGACACAUGUGAGAAGCUGCUGUGCAAGUGUGACCGAGAUGCCGCCAAGUGCCUGAGAAAUUCGCCCUACAAAAGGAAAUACGCCCUGUGGCCAAACUGGUGGUGUGGCCACCACCAUCCAAUGUGUACCAUUUACUGAUUCAAACAAAACAAAACAAAAUUAUUACGACAACGGAAGAAAAUGCUGUUUAUGAUCAACGAGCACACGUUGUCACCGAGGUACUUUUAUUCACUUAAUUACUGUGUGAGACACUGAAUGUUUUGUAAUAGCAUAAUUGGUCUUCUGGUUAUGUGGGAACACUGAGCUAUUGGGGAAACAGUUUCUAGUUUCUAUUUGCAUUUUUAAAGUCUUUGAUGAAUCACAUCACAGGGUGCUGUUUUCCACUAUGUCACUGAAUAGGGCGAAUGAGUGACCGCAUAAAGCCUUAACUUUAUUUGGAGGAAAUGUGGACAGUGAGUGGAAAAUGAACUUAUUGAACUCAUUCACUGCCAUUGUGUUAAUGAUGUCAUCGGCCUGUCUUUUUCUUCUGGAAUUUAAAAACAACUGCAGCGAUUGAUCGGAAAUCAUGUCAAAGUACUGUAGUUACCAUAUAGAUAACCGAUGAUAGCGCAUGACAGUAAAUAUUUGUAUAAAAAAAAUACUCUUUAGACUGAAUAUAAAACAAAUGAAAAACUUUUAA